AGGAGGCUUUCCCCUCAGUCUGAAACAUUCUCACUUGGGACAGCCGGCAACACAGACGUGAUCUCUCUUAAUCCGGGGAACUUGAACUCUAAGCUACAGCCAUGGCUCGUCUGGAACAGGUCAUUACAAACAUUGUUGACGUAUUUCUGGAGUAUGCUGAUGAUGAUGGCAAAAAACCCCAGUUAAACAUUGAAGAGUUGAAGAAGGUGUUGGAGCUAGAGAUACAAAGCCCAGAAUUAAAGGAUAAAAUCAAUGCAGAUGACAUCGGGGAGGCAAUGGAGAUGUUGGAUAAAAACCACGAUGGAGAGGUCAACUUCCGAGAGUUUUGUCGGUGUGUGUGUGUCCUGGCCAGAUGCUACUACCAGAAGAAGACAGGGAAGGGUGGCAAGAAAGUCAAGGGCAAAGAACCAGAAGCUGAACAAGAAGACUGAAUAUUACCUGCAAAACCUACAAAUGUUUGUAUAAUAUGCAUAAUAUAUUUACAAAUGGCAUCUAGGCCGCAGUAUGUUUAUGUUAUGUGUGACACAACUGACGCUGAAAACAGAUGCUGCUGCUAUUAAGCUAUUUGCACAUCCAUUAUUUGCACAUCCAUUAUAAUAUUUAGGUCACAAUAUGCAUAUAUUUUAUGUAACACAACUUAACCUGAAAUCAGGUGUGGCUGGUAUUAGCUUUGUGCACUUACAUUAUAAACUCAAGCUUGUGUAUUAAAGUUGCAUGCAAAAUGUGAGAUUCACUGCCUUCAUACCUAAGUCAUCUGUUUUCAAAGGAAGUUUCAUUCCAGAAAAUAAACUUCCAUAAGUUAA